AUGAUUUUACAUGGGGAUGGUUCAGCCAAUAUUUUUGUCAAAGAUGGACUUUUACCUUUCAGUUAUUAUGAAAAAGAAAGUGAAGCAGAAACGAAAACUAAUUUUUUAAAAAAAAGCAACCAAGAUAGAACUUAUUUUAACAAGGAAACAAACAAUAAAUUUGACAUAGUAGUUAGUAAUCCUCCUUUUAGCGUAAGCUUAGCCAAUGAAGCAAAAGAACACUUAAAGGACAAGUUUAUCUUUGGAGAUAAAAGGAAUUCAGAAAAUCUAUUUAUUGAAAGAUGGUAUCAAUUAUUAAAGCCUAAUGGUCGUUUGGGAGUGGUUUUGCCCGAAAGUGUCUUUGAUACUACCGAAAAUAAGCAUAUAAGGUUAUUCAUUUACAAAUACUUUGAAGUAAAAGCGGUUAUCAGUCUACCACAAUUAACUUUUAAGCCAUUUACUCCUACUAAAACCAGUCUUUUAUUUGCUCGAAAAAAGACUAAACAAGAAAUAGAGGAAUGCGAAAAUUUAUUAAAAGUUUAUCUCAAAGGCGAAAAACGAAGUAGGUUUUCUUCAAUAAAAAAUUUGAGCGAAAGCGAAGAAAGGAUGAUUUUACUUAGAAUACUUAAAGAUUGUAUAGAAGAAAAUGAUGAAAAACUUUCAAGUGAAGAAAUUGUAAAAAAAUAUCAAAAAGAACUUGUUGAACUUAGUAAUUAUGAUAAUGACACCAAAGAUUAUUUUGGUUUGAAUGAAAUAAAUUUUAAAGAUAUGCUGCUAGAAAAGAAUUAUCUCACAACUAACUUUGAAAACAUUGGAAAACAAAAAUUUUUAAGGUUAGAUUUUGGUUAUAGGAACUUUUUUGAUAUCCAAGAGGAAAAGGUAUUUUCCGCCAAAAACUACAUUAGAUUAAGAGAGAUUUUAGAGCUAAUAGUCAGCAAAAAAGUAGCAAAAGGAGAAUUAGAAGAACCAGAAAUUUUAGUGGAUAUUGGCAAUAUUGAGAGAAGACUUAACAAUUUGAUUAAUGUUGAAGAAGUAAAAGAAAUAGGUUCAGAUAAAAAUGUUUUACAAGCAGGAGAUAUUGUUAUCCCUAAACUACAACCACGAAUGGGAAAUUUCUUUUUGAAUUUAGAACAUAAGAGAUAUAUUGCUUCUACUGAAUUAUUAGAAUACAAAAUAGCAAAUGAGAAUAAUCCAUAUUUUAUUUACUAUCUUUUCACUACCAAAACUUUUUUAUCUAGUUUAAGUCAAUUGGAAAGCGGAAAGACACACAGAAGAGUUAAUUCAGAAGACUUAUUAAAAAUCAAAGUUCCUAAGGUUCCAAAAUCUAUUCAAGACCAGGAGUUUAAUUUUGACUUAGAAAAAUUUGAGAAAGAUAAAGGAAGAAAAUUUUUUGAGAUAGAUUUUUUAAGCAUUUCAAAGAAUAAUUUGAUUAGGUUAAGCGGAAAAAGGGUUCCGAAAGGAGAAACAUUUUCAGAUGAAAAAACCGAUUAUUUUUAUUUAAGGCCUAAUGAAGUAAGUAUUCGGGGAAUAGAUAAAGAUAAUAUUCCUUAUUUGUCUGCCAAAAUUUACAAUCAAUUAAAAAGAUAUAAAAUUGUCUCUGGUGAGUUGUGCGUUUCUAUUGCGGGAACUAUUGGAAAGACUGCUUUGAUAAACACUGACAAUUUAGAAAUAGGAAAGGAAAAUCUGAUUUUAAAAUAUACAAUUAAACCUACUCAAAAACUUGGAAUUGAUAAAUGGAAACAUAUAAAAGUUCCUAGUAUUUCUUUGCCAAAGCAAGAAAAAAUUGUUAACGAAAUUAAAAAUGAACUUGAUAAGCAAGAGGAAGCAAAAAAAGAGGCGAAAGAUAAAAGAAAUAAAAUUGAUGAGAUUAUUACUGAUUAUUUAAAAAAAGACAAUUAA